CACUACUUCGCGUAGAAAAAUUCUUGGUUUUGGGUCCAUGGGGGGUUUCUAUUUCUUUCGUCAAAAUCGUGUAUCAUUGCUUUUAAAUAUUGUUUCUUUUAUCACUUCUCUUGUUUUUCAUCAGCGUGUUAGCGAAAAGAAGCUCUAAAAAGAGAGAAUCACCGACUUGAAGCGCCCAGAAGGAACUACGACGAUGCCUGUACCUGACUCGAAAAGACAGCGAACGACUCCUCUCGAAGAUAAACAAGAAGAUUUACCCAUGCCAGAUACCACCGAAAAUCAGACCUCAGAUGAUGUUCAGCCGGAAGAAGCAUCCGAAAUGGACUUGGCCGGCAAUGGUGACCUUGAAAAGGGGAUUAUCCGUCCCCUGGACUCGCCGCAGAUCAAGGAAGCGCUCCAACAGUGCAAAGUUCUUGUCAUUGGUGCAGGAGGAUUAGGAUGCGAAAUCCUAAAAAAUCUGGCGCUAACUGGAUUCAAGCAACUCGAUGUUAUUGACAUGGACACAAUAGACCUUAGUAAUCUCAACAGGCAGUUUCUAUUCAGGCAUAAAGAUAUUGGUAAAUCGAAGGCGAUCGUGGCUGCUGAAUUUGUCAUGAAACGCGUACCAGGAGUAAGCGUGACACCUUAUUUUGGAAAGAUUCAAGACAAAGACGAGGAUUACUAUAAACAGUUCCAAAUAAUUAUUUGUGGUUUGGAUUCGGUUGAAGCUAGACGGUGGAUCAAUGCAAAGCUUGUGGAUAUGGUUGAUGUGGACGACCCCAACAGUUGGAAACCGCUCAUUGAUGGCGGAACAGAAGGCUUCAAGGGGCAAGCAAGAGUUAUUUUACCUACGAUGAGUUCCUGUUAUGAAUGUUCUUUGGAUAUGCUCAAUAAGCCUACCACUUUUCCAAUUUGCACAAUCGCCAACACACCACGUCUUCCUGAACAUUGUAUUGAAUGGGCUUCUGUGUUGGAAUGGCCUCGCGUAUGGGGGGACGCGAAGUAUGACACCGAUAAUCCGGAGCACAUUGGUUGGCUUUAUCGGACGGCAGACGAACGAGCGAAGCAAUUCAAUAUUACUGGCGUCACUUAUUCAUUGACACAAGGAGUGGUGAAAAACAUUAUUCCUGCGAUUGCCUCCACGAACGCUGUUAUUGCAGCUGCAUGCUGCAAUGAAGCUUUCAAGCUGGCGACCGAUACAGCGCCUUUCCUGAACAAUUAUAUGAUGUAUACAGGCAAUGACGGCGUAUACACUUAUACUUUCGAGCAUCAGAAAAAGCCUGAUUGUCCUGUAUGUGGUAACGAAAACACCACCGCAGAUCUCAAGCCGACGAUGACACUUAUAGAACUGAUUGAUUGGCUGAAAGAGAAGCCUGAUAUUCAACUGAAAAAGCCAAGUUUACGAACGGCCACCAAAUCGCUGUAUAUGCAAGCUCCACCUGCCUUGGAAGCGGCUACACGGUCGAAUCUUUCCAAAUCCUUAGGCGAAUUGAUUGACGAGGGGGAAUUCGUCACAGUAACCGAUGUCGCCUUGCCCGUCAGUAUGCAAAUUAAUAUCCGCUGGCGGGACACGGGAUCGGAAUAGCUCCUUCACACAUACACUUUGUUAUUUGUCAUGUUUGUUUGAAUGUAAUUUAUGAUAUAAGGAAUGGUUUCUGUGAAAAUUUCAAUCCAUUCGCAUCCACAAUUAUCCCUACUCUAUUCUCCUCCUGACCUUUCAACCAAAAAAAGUUGCCAUAUGAUAUUUUAGUUUAUUUUAUUACGAAUUUAUUGUACAGAACGGGAAACAAGGGGAAGAUGAUGAUAAAGAGU